AUGAGCACAGUAAACGAACUUUUAAAUUAUUUUGUUGUUAAUGAUGAUAAUGAAUUAAUUAAAAAAGAGAAAAAUCAGAGAGAAAAAACAAUUAUAAAAAGAUAUUUCCCUGGAAAAAAACCACAUUAUGCAAAAAAUGUUAAUGAUAAUGAAGAUGAUGAUGAGGAUGAAGUAGAUGAACAUGACGAAGUAUUUAAUGAACAAAUAAAAAAUAUAGAAGAAAAUGUAAAUAAUCAUGAAAAGAAUAAUUUAGUUAUUCAACCAUAUAAAAUUAAUAAUGAAAGUGAUAAUCGAUAUAUAAGAUUAAAAAAUAAGAAUAUAAAUGGAGAUGAAAAAGAAAGAAUAAAAAGAAGAAUAAGAGAAGUACAAAUUAUUGAUUAUGAAGAAUCAAGUAAAGAAAAAGACAUUUUAAAAGAAAAUUUUGAAGAGAAUAGUAAAGCUGACAAAAAUAUACCAAUUCGUAAUAAUGAAGAAAAAGAAAAGGAAAAGGAGGAAAAUGAGGAAGAAGAGGAAGAAGAAGAUGAAGAAGAAGAUGAAGAAGAAGAAGAAGAGGAUGAAGAUGAGGAAGACGAAGAAGAUAUAGAUGACUCUUAUCUGAAAAAUGAAGGUAAUGACAAUGAUAUUAUUAUGAAACAUGAAUUUGUCUCGAAAAACCAUAGAAAAACACUUAUAGAGAGAAAAACUGAAGAAGAAGAAGAAAAACAAAGAAUUAAAGAUAUUAAUGAAGAAAAAGAAUUAAUUGAAAUAGAAAAAAAAGAAAGUGCCAUAAAAGAAACAUUAAAUCAAGAAAUGAUGGAAGAAAAAUUAAGAAAUAAAGAAAAUAAUGUGUUUUCAUCAGAAGAAGAUUUUGAAGAAGAUGAAAAAGAUGAGGAGUUAAAUGAAAAAGAAUAUGAAUUAUGGAAAAUUAGACAUCUUAAAAGAUUAAAAAGAGAUGAGAUGGACAGAAAAAAAUAUGAAAUUUUGAAAAUGGAAGUUAAAAAAAGAAGGAAAAUGACGGAUAAGGAAAUAAUAGAAGAAAAUAAAAAAUUACCACAUAAAGAAAAGAAAAAAAAAAGAAAGAUGCUAUUUAUGCAAAAAUAUUAUCAUAGAGGAGGGUUUUAUCAAGAUUUAUUUGAAGAAGGAAAAGAAGAAAUUUAUUUACGUGAUUAUAAUGAGCCAGUUUAUGAAGAUAAAAUUGAUAAAGAAAAAUUGCCAAAAGUUUUACAAGUUAGAAGAGGUAAUUUCGGUAAACAAGGACAAACGAAAUAUACCCAUUUGUUAGAUAAUGACACUUCAAGAAAAGAUUCUUUAUGGCAAAAUAAUGAUUUAAAUUUUCCUUUCAAAAAAAAAAAGGAUUUAUUUGAAAGACCUACUUACAGAAAAAAUUGA